AUGGAUAUCCUCGAACUUCACACUUCGCCGGUAAAAAUCUCCCCGCCUAAACUCGUUUUCUUCCAAUCAGGUGAUCCGAGUCACCCCCAAACCAAAAAACCACCACAGUCUCAACGUUCCUCCCACUCACAAAACGACUCGAGAUGGAAAAUCAAGUCGGAAAAGGAAAAGGGCAGUUUGCGGUUGACCCUAGCUCGAUGUAGUCCGAAAGAAAAAACACUUUCGGCUAAGCAGGAAGUUCGAAGAGCAUGGGAGAAGGCCCAGAUAAAAGAAGCCCACGGAGAUCCUGAAAGCUUGAAACGGCCAAAGCCCCCACGAAAAAGGUCACCGGAAAAACAUCUGACUAGGAAAUCUUUUUCUCCACGUCAAUCACCAAAGGAAAAGAAAAAAAAAAUCAAAACACCCAAGGAGAAAGCCGCAGAUCCUAAGAAGAAGAAAAAGGAAAAAAAAUCUAAGCAGAGACCCUUAAGUUCCGAGAAGAGGAAGAGUUAUUGGCCGAGUCCGACAAGACCAGGAGCGCGACCAAGCACCUACAAAACUCCCAAAAGGUAUCGACCUUCGGGAGAAUCAGCUCUAACACCCGCGACAACUGCGCGCCGCGUUUUGUUUUAA